AUGCAUCAAGCGGGGGAGCCGGAGGAAUGGGGCACCGCGACAUGCGGCACGGGGUCCGGGGGGGCGGGGUCGGCGGCGAGGGGGCCGAGCGUGUUCCGGGGAUGGCGCUCUUCUUCCAAGGCCGCUUCGAUGUCGUCGUCGACUGCUGGCGCUGGCGGCGGUGACCCUGGCGCAGAGGACGCGUCAUCGCCGUCCCCGUUUUCGCGAGGGAGACCGUUCCGGGGAUCGUUCCUCCCGUCGUCGGCGACUGGGGCUAGUCCUAGCUCCACUGGGCUGGGUGCCGCCGUUGGCGGCGACGCUGCCAGUUCUUCCGCGGAGACUGGGGCGGGCGGCGGCGGUGCGGGGGGCCUAGGGAAAGGGAUCGGUGCGGGGGCGCCGUGGCUUGCGCGGGGGCUCAAGGCCCUCGUGAGGGGGGGAAGGGGGGGGGAGACGGGGACCCAGCUCCCGUCGCUGGGAGCCGUCAUGGAAGCGGUGGACGCCCGCGGGGCCCAGGACGAGGUGGUGGCGGCGGAGGGCAGGAGCAAGAUGCAGGGGGUGAUGUCCUCGGAGCUGCCCACGCACCCGCAGAUGCGCGAAGGCAUGCUGCCCAACGGGCUGCGUUACAUCAUCCUGAACAACCAGAGCCCUCCGGAGAGGUUCGAGGCGCAUCUGGAGGUGUUCGCGGGAUCGGCGGACGAGCUCGAGUCCCAGCAGGGCAUGGCGCACCUCGUUGAGCACGUGGCCUACAUGGGCAGCCGCAAGAGGGAGCGGCUGUUCGGCACGGGGUCUUCGACGAACGCCUACACGGACUUUCACCACACGGUCUUCUACGCCUCGUGCCCGGUGCUAACCCCUCCCGGGUGGGGCCGCCCGACACCCAUGCUCGGGCGCGCUCUUGGAGCCCUGCUCGACGUUCUCGAGGCUGUGUGCGAGGAGUCUCGUCUCGAGAAGGAGCGCAGCGCCGUGCUCUCGGAGCUGACGAUGGUCAACACGAUCGAUUACCGCAUGGAGUGCCAGGUGCUCUCCGCACUGCACGCCGAGAACCAGCUGUCCAGGCGUUUUCCUAUCGGCAAGGAGGACCUGAUCAAGGGCUGGAACACCAAGGACGUCCUCGAGUUCCACAGGAAGCACUACCGCCCGGAUAACGCCGUGCUGUACUGCAUCGGAGACCUGAACGUCGACGAGACAGAAGACCAGAUUCGCCAGAUGUUCGGUCAUCUCGGAGGCGUCCCAGACACGACGGCCUUCUCUCUGCACGUGUUCGCCAAGCGACCUAUCGAGCCCAUCACCUCCCUCGGCGACUUCCGGCGGGCAAUCAUGAAGAGGAUCGCUCUGGCAGCCCUGCAGAUCCGGCUGUCGGUCAACUCUAGGAAAGACCCGCCCUUCCUCAGCGUUGAGUUCAACCAGCUUGAUUCUCCCAGAGAGGGCUGCCCCCUCUGCUUCCUGGAAAUGACGGCGGAACCCGCGAAAUGGAAAGACGCCCUCAAGUUCCCCCUGGGGGAGGGGCGGAAACUGGGCAUGUUCCGCCCCACGAACGGCGAGCUGAACCGGUUCUCGUCCCCGUUGCUCACGGACGCCCGACAGCUGGGGGCGCAGGGGAACCCCCUCAACAACAGAGCUGAACGAGGUGGCAGCCGAGCUGUGCGAGCACAUCACCCUCUUCGGAGUACCUCAGGCCAACAAGCCCAGCGCCGUGGUUGCCUGCGUGCCCACGGCAAUGAAGGUGCCCGCGAUCGGACCGAAUGGCGAGGAGUCGACGGAGGCCAUGGAGCUCUCGGAGGAGGACGUAGUGGCCGCCUUUUUCGAGGGGGUAAACGAAGAGGCAUCCGCGUGAACGUGGUGAAGCAGGAGCACGAGAGCCAGAGGGGACAGGUUCGCGUGACCCUCCCGGGGGGCCGGCAGCUGGAGUCCAUCCUGGGCCCCGGUGUGGUGGCGAUAGGGGCGAGGCCCAUGCAGGAGGGCGGGGCGUUCGGCAGCUGGAUCAGGGAACAGGUGGAGCUUUUCUGCAUCGACCACCUGGUGAUGGUUACCGUCGAGGCGAACGACGAAUUCUUGUACCUCGACCUGGCGUUCCCGACCACUAAGCUUCACGGCAGGGGGAUGGGGGAUGACGGCAGCGACGACGUGGAGGGAGGUCUCAACGGAAUGGAGGCGGCAUUCCAGGUUCUUCAUCAAAUCCUGUCUGGGUUUGUGUGGGAAGAGGAGGCCCUGAAGCGGGCUAAGCAGUCCUUCCUGCAGUCUCACGAGACCCUGGUCAAGAGCCUCGAGGGAAGGUCUACGGAGAUGCUCAUGGAGCGCAUGUCCGGAGGCGACAGCCGGUUCAUGUCCAUCCCCCAGGAAGACAUCGAGCCAAUCACCCUCAAGCGUUUGUUCUCGGUGGUGCGGGAGCAGAAGCGCCUUACCUACGACGCGAGCAUCCACCUUACCAACUUCGACCGACUGCUGGGCAGCUGGUACCUCAUCACCGUAACCGCCAACCCUGACAAGGUGGACGAGGCCAUUAAGGCCUGCCAGGACACCCUCCGGGACAUGAGCGGACCUGUGCCCAUCACCGCCGACAACAUUGAGUCGGCCAAGCGCGUCCUCAUCAACAGGCACGAGGGAGAUCUACGAACAAACGCCUACUGCGGUCUCCAGAUGGACUGCUUGCCCGGAAAGGACUUGAGAUGCGUCAACGACCUCCCGGCGGUCGUAGAAGCGGUAACCGCACAGGACCUGCAAGUCGUGCUCAAGGGCCUCACGACGGACCGGGCACAGAUGUUUACCUGUGCCGGUGUUAGCGGUACGAAGCCUCUGCCCCGUGUCGCGGGGAAGGCGGGGAAGUACCCGUAACCUUCCCUGGAACUGAAGCGGCCUUCACUUGGUUUGGCAUAUUUGGCGCAGCCCUGCCCUCCCCACCCCUACCGCCCCGGCGCGUGGAAGGGUUUGGAAUGAGAGAUACUGCGGCAAUUUUGUCCGCUUGGUUGGUGGACGUUGCGGGUGAUCCGGCAAUUAUGGGCAGUUAGUUGUUUUGUUUUUGGUGCCCCGGCGUAUACGCUUACUCAUCUGCUGCGAGAACGGCCACGGCCGAUCCCGGCUGGUUGUUGUUGACGAUGGGACAAUGGAGGAGACAUGAGUGGCUGUAAAUGGUGGGUGUGUUGCGGGCAUCGGGCUGAGAGGCUUAAGCGACGGGUUUGUCGGUCAGCUUGAUUUAUCGACAGUUUGACCGAAUUUUGAGGGUUUGGAUGAGAUGUUUUUCUCUCUUUUUUUGUUGGGUGUUUUGCGGGUUGGGAUUGGGGGGGGGAGGGGGGGGUACAUUUGGUUAGGGUGUGCGUUGAAGAUUGUAGCGGUGAUUCGGGAGAAGAGUUGCGGUGAUUGGAGAGUUGGUCGACUUGGCGGGGGACGCAGCAACGCCGCUAGGUAUGACAAGGCUUAAACUUGACAGUUGACGUCCGUCAUGAUCCAAGGGAUCGAGGUCGCGAACAUGGAUGCAAGAACGCCACGCGGCGCCCCGUCGCGGCCAGCUGAGUUUGAGAGUCGCGUGGGUACAUAGAGGCGGGCGAGUGCAAUCGUGAGGGGGUUAUGCAGAAUGGCAUUUCGUCCCGUGCGCUGUGACACCCACUAACAGAUCACGCUGUGGCGGCGGAAGUGUUGAAAGAUGUUUAAGGUGACCAGCGGGGGACGGGGGAUGGGGGAGGGAUAUAACUUCGACGGGAAAGCUGAAGCUUUAAGCGUCGCGGUGUCAGAGGUCACGGCAAUGAAACGGAGGAGAGUGAACGAGCACUGUUUGUCAGGUGCCCCGCUUUUUUGCGGCGACGAGCACCUUUCGUCGUGUGUGCGUAGAUCAGACGCGGUUCUGUUGUUUGGUGUGGGUGAGAACACCACGGAGCAUGAUUAGUAAUAGCACUGAAGGACGCGAUGCACGCUCCUGGUUCCCGGCUAGGAUUAUUACGAUACGCGGAUGGGGAGCUCGUUCUCAAAUACUGGGUCGAGAAAGUGCCUAGAUUUAUGUGGAAGGAUAUAAUACAAAAAAGUUAAAACGCCGU